AUGGAUAUCAAGAAUCAAAUACAAACAGUCUUAGGUGAAGUACGUUCCAGUGGUGAUUAUUGUGGCGGUGGAAAACUUGAUAUUGUUCCACCCAAUAUUGUAAUUAACAAUAUAGGGCCACUUAAUUUUCCAUUAGAUGAACAACAGGCCAAGAAUAUAAUUAACAAUUGUCAAUUAGCACCAUUUGGGCUUCGCGAUAAAACUUUGUACGACACCAGAGUUCGACAUACAUGGCAACUUGAACCGCAUGCCUUGCAAUCCGAUGUUUCACUAUGGCCUUCUCAAACGAUAGUCGACUUGAAAGUAAAAGUUAUCAAUGAUCUUGGAUUACUGACAACUGAGGACGAAAUUGAAAUUGAAUUAUACAAAGUAUUGCUUUAUGAACGAGGUAGUUUUUUCAAAACACAUCGAGACACGGAGAAAAAGGAUGGCAUGUUUGCUACUUUACUCAUCAUUCUACCAUCUUUUUAUACUGGUGGAGAAUUAGUUGUACGGCAUCAAAAACGAGAAAAAAAGUUUAAUUUUUGUGGCGACUCAGAAAAUAUUCAUUAUGCUGUAUUGUAUGCUGAUUGCGAGCAUGAACUAUUACCAGUGAUUGAUGGAUAUCGUCUUGUUCUUGCUUACAAUGUUGUUCUAUUGCCAAAAUCUAGUAAUCAGCAAGUUGUCGAAUCGAGAUGUAACACAGUUUUUAAUAAUCGUCUUCGUGAGAUAUUCGCUUCAUGGUUGGAAAUGGUAACGAACAACAACAAUAAUAAUGAUAAAGUUUCAAGAAAACUUAUUAUUCCACUCGAUCAUGAAUAUACACAAGCAAGUAUGAAAAAUGGCCCUCUGCUGAAAGGAAAAGAUGUAAUGACAGGAGAAAUUAUUCGAUAUGCUUGUGAGAGUCAUAGCGAUCAAUUAUUACUCUUUUGUGUAAUGUUAGAACGAAAUGAAGAUACCAAUAUAAUAAUCAAAUACUAUGAGCCAUUUGGUGAUCUAAGCAAAGUUUUUAUGGACUACUGUAAAAUUUUAGGCUUAGAAAAUCAAGAAAGAACGCCUAUCUCAAGCAUCGAUCUACUGGAUGAAAAUAUCUGGAAUAAACUCAAAUUGAAAUCUUCUGAGGGGUCCUGGACAGGGAAUGAAGCAGAAUAUAGUUGCUACUGGUACAAUUUGAGCGCACUUUUACUUCUUCCUCAUACAAAUCGUCACGAUCUUAUUUUUUGUCCAUCUCUAGAGAAUGGCAAAUUUGUGUACAAUAUGAGCAAUGCGUUGUGGACAGUUCUACGGAAACUAAAAAGUUGUAAACCUGUGGAAGAUAAUACCAAUAUAACAUCCGCAGCUCUGGAUUUAAUAACUGAUGGAAUUAAAAAAUCUGGAAUUGAGAUAACGCAUCAUUUUCGUAUUCCAUUGCUUCAAUGUCUCGUUGCUAUUUCUGUCUUAAACCAAAUGAAUGAAAAAGUAAUUAAUACUGUCAAAAAUUUAGCUGAACAAACCUUACUGGUUAAAGCAUUUUUCUCGGUAUUUUCUGAUUCACAGCAUAUAAUGUAUGAAAGAAUGGCAGAAGUUCUUUUCGAUGCUGGUAAUUUUUUCGGUUGGACUGUCAUUGCUGAUCAAAUUGUUAUCUAUAAUAAUAAAUCGGCUAUUCCAUGCUUUUUCAUAGGCAUUUCAUACAAUCAACCAAAACUUUGUGCAAAUGCAACGUGGAAUCAGACGGCUAUAACUUUUGUCCCAAGUCCUACGGUUGGUACAUAUCCUUUAGGCAUGUUUGUCGAUAGAAAUAACAGUGUCUAUGUCGCUGAUCAAACGAAUGGGAGAAUUCAAGUGUGGCGUAACGGAAGUACCAUACUUACAGGCAAUUACUCUGGUGGCUUAUCCUGGCCUUAUAGCGUUUUCGUUACGGACAAUGGUGAUGUUUAUGUUGACAAUGGCUACACAUAUUAUCGGGUUGAUAAAUGGGGAUGGAAUUCAACAAGCAGUGUUCCAGCAAUGUAUGUGUGUGGACAAUGCUACGGUCUUUUUGUCGAUAUCAAUAAUAUGCUUUACUGCGUAAUGGGUCCGUAUCAUCAAGUUGUCUCAAAGUCAUUGGACUCACGUUUAAAUGUAUGGAAUAUUGUUGCUGGUACAGGCACAGCUGGAUCAACAUCGGUUACACUUAAUACUCCUUGGGGAAUGUUUGUUGAUAUUAACUUGAAUUUGUAUGUAGCUGAUACUUUAAACAAUAGAAUUCAAAAAUUUGCAUCAGGACAAUCGAAUGGAACAACAAUAGCAACAGGAACCAUUGUAUUAUCUGCUCCAACUUCAGUUAUAUUUGAUGCUGAUGGAUAUAUGUUUAUUAGUGAUUGUUGGAAUCAUCGUCUUGUUGGCUCAGGACCUAAUGGAUUUCGAUGUAUAGCGGCAUGUUCUGGAUAUGGUUCGUCAUCCAGUCAAUUAUAUUAUCCACAUACCAUGUAUUUUGACAGUUAUGGAAAUAUAUUUGUCACCGAUGAAUACAAUAACAGAAUACAAAAAUUUCUUUUGUUACCAAAUUCAUGUAAUGGAACGACAACAGUAACAACUGUGGCCACGGUUACUUCAAUGAAUAAUACUCAAUCAGUUUCUUUAACAACAACUGUUUCUGGAAUAAGUUCUGCAACUGCACCAUAUUUAAACCCUAUUUCAUACAAUAUACCGAAAUUCACUGCGUAUACUACUUGGAGCUCCAAUGGAAUAACUUUAGCAGACAGCACCCUGGUCGGAACAUAUCCUUACAGUAUAUUUGUUGAUAAUAAUAACACGGUAUAUGUAAGUGAGUAUUCUUUAAAUCGUGUUCAAGUGUGGCGUGAAGGUAGUAGCAAACCGACAAGAAAUAUCUCCGGUAAUUUAAAUACUCCAUGUUCUAUUUUUGUUACGAGUAAUGGUGAUAUUUAUGUCGAUAAUGGUUAUGCAAAUAGUCGAGUGGAUAAAUGGGCAUUGAAUACAACAAACAGUACUGUGGUAAUGAACGUCAAAAGCACCUGUUAUGGUCUUUUUAUCGAUAUUAAUAAUAAUAUUUAUUGUACACCACUUAAUUAUCAUCAAGUUAAUAUGAAGUAA